AUGCUUGUGCUCUCAUCCUUGGCCAACACCGGUGUCGAUGGCGUCGCCCUCUUCUUCCUCUUUGACAAUGCGAUUGGUGUGUUUGAAGGUGAUGCUGCUGCAGCCGCCGCUACCGCAGCUGCCAAUGUCUUCUUCCUCGUUGCCAUGACAGUGGGCGAUGAUGACGAUGAUGAUGAUGCAGUCGCUAUCUUCUUUGGCGAAUCCUUCUUUGGUGAGAUUGUCGCUGUGGUGGUGCCACUAGUCAAAGAAGACUUUCGCUUGUUGUUGUUGGCCUGUGCCAUCAAUGCUUGUCCAGCUGCGAUGGCUGCCGCGCGUGGCUUGCGCUGCUCUGGCGCGGGCAAUGUCGAGCGUCGCCUCAUAUAUUCCUGUGUAUUGGCACAUCCCAAACGAUGUGUUCUAAUCGAAGAUGUUGGGAAUCUUACACGGCAGUUUGGGCAUACCGUCAUAUCCCUCUUCUUCUUUAUAUUCUUUGCCAUUGCUCUCUCUAUCACGUGA